AUGCUUUUCAGCACUGUUUAUCGAAUCGUCCCUCUUGUGGCGGCUGUGUCUCUCGCGGCACCCACCACGGAUGGCAGUGAGCUUGCGUCUGAGAGAAUCGACAUCACGCCCAGGUCCGGCGAGCGUACUGCCACCGUUUAUAGUGGAAGCAGUUGCUCUGGGACCGACCUGGGCGUCCUUAGUGCUGGCAUCUUCAACGGGGAGCACUCGGGUUGCUCGAACACUGGUAGCGCUGCCAGAAGCUACUACCUCUAUUACGACUGCUAA